AUGACUCACUCCGAAUUAGAAGGGCACAGGCGGAAGCGAGCCGCUAUCGCGUGUGAUUAUUGCCGACGACGGAAACGCCGUUGCGAUGGCAAGCAGCCCAUCUGCUCGCUCUGCCAGCAAACGAACCGGCCAGAGUGCCGCUAUAGCGCCUGCUUACCAAAUCAUCCAGACGUGACAAGCACUGCUCCUGACAGUGAGAUCCCUUACGAGCAGUCGCUUCUGAGUUCCAUCGCCCAGCUGGAGGAGGUGGUCGAGGCCCAUACUGUAGCCAUUCAGGCCUUGCGCAUGGAAAUCGAUCAAGCCAAACAACAUAGUGCAAAUUCAUUUCCUGAUCCAUCUCCCCUAUCAUGUGGGACGAGAGUCCAAGUGGAAGGUACACAGACCGCGCGAAAUGGGAGGCUGGCCUUGAAUUACUCGGAUGAAAUCAUUCCGAUGUCGAUUCCGAUCCGGCAUAUGACCACAUCGGACAGUCUUCUGCUCACCUCGAAUGCUCAGGUUCUGGCGGGGGAGUGGCCCGCGGAUGUGUUUCUGAAGUCAGAGCAGAAACGUCAAUCUCUAUCUCAGACUUCGUCUGCAGCCUGCGGGGAACUGUCGCUCCCUUCGGAAUCUUCCAUUCCUCACGCAGUCCAGAUUUACUUUACCAAGGUCCAUCCGCGACACCCGAUUCUAAAUGCAGAGAAGUGGAGAGAUAAUCUACCGACGAUCAACAGAGAGGUCAAUGUGCUUACUACAAACCUGGUGUUAGUGAUGCUGGUGGUCGCCCUGGCAGAGAUAUCAGUUGCCUCAGCGCAACAGAUAAAGGAUGGUCAUCUAGCAGGCGCGAGCUAUGUGCAGGAAGCGGUGCAUUGGUUGACCAGCACAUGGCUCAACAAGUGCUCAACAGAUCUUUAUCUUUGCCAGGCACUGUUCCUCGCGGCCUCGUGGUUCAACUACGCAUGCAAACCCCUGGAAGCAUGGCGUAUGAUUCACUUGGCAUCGACCAACAUCCAACAUGCAUUUCUAGCUUCAAGCAAUCGCAAAACCAAUCCCGCCCUGGAUCCGGAUCUGGUCCGGUUAUGCUGGGCAAUUUUCCUUACAGAAUGUGAUAUACUGGCCGAAUACCACCUUCCACGUAGCGGAAUAGAAAAUGUGGUUGAACGGCUGCCGUAUCCCGGUUGCCACGAGACCCCGGAAUUCGACAGUUUGGCGUGGCUCGCCAACCUCUCCGCGCGGCGCCUCAUGAACCGGGUCCAUUUUACCAUGUACGACAUUUCGACUUACAAUGGGGGCGACGCAGAUCCUGGUAGCAGACUCCCAGCAUUAAAUAACCUGCUCGACUCCGACAAAGCUUCCCUCCUGAUUGCGAGCUCGAAAGAGCUGGAUCACCAGCUCCAUCUUUGGUGGGAUCUCCUCCCUCCGGCCAUUAAACCCCAGUUCGAUGAGUCCGAGUUGGACCCGAUCAAGGAGACAUUGUCAUUGCGAUACUUUGCUUGUGGAGACAUUAUCUACCGACCUUUUAUCUACAAGGUCUGUUCUAUGCCGUGCGAUCGGGUUCCGGACAGGUUCCUCGUCGACGCGGCCAUCAAGUGCAUACGCUAUUCUCGGGAAGUCUUGAAACAUGUUGCCUGCCUUACCCAGACGCCGUCCCCGAACACCAUGAUCAAUCUACACUCCGCCUCCGGCUUUUUCUCCAGGACCCUCGCAGCACUGAUCAAUCUGGCCGUUGCAUCACUAUCCCCCUUUCUCAAAGAGGAGGUGACGGACAUUGACCAUUUAGAUGAUUUGGCCAUCACAAUAUUGGAACGCUGGGCCAGUGAUGGUAGCAGCCGAGGAAUCAUGUUACAUGUUGCAAAGACCAUUCGCGACAAGCGACGAAUGAUAACCGCUUUUGAUCUCUGA